CGAACGGUUCUCCGGACAUAUUACAUUAAAGUUUUGCGUUAAUAAGAUAUUUCAACCGACAGACACUUCGAGAAGAUUUCAUAUAAACAUUGAGUCCUUAACAGAAUAACCAGCUACAUCGUCAGUCGAUAACAUGGCGUCAAAAGCCAACGUCACAUUUAACGUCCUUUUAUUAUCGGUCGCGAUUAUUGUCGGGAACGUCAUAAGACUUAAAGUGAUUCCUAUUAACAAUGAAGUCAAACGUUACCUGGGCUACCACGAGGACUCGUAUCUCAAUUUCACCGAAAUAAGUGCCAAGUACGGGUACAUAUCCGAAGAACAUACAGUGACAACUGAAGAUGGAUACAUGCUUACUAUUUUUCGAAUGAGAAAAAGGAGCUGCCGCCAGUUUAAAAGACCUCCAGUGAUAUUGAUGCACGGACUACUUCAAAGCGCAGAUGUUUGGUUGGAUGCUGGUCCUAACGCAGGAUUGGCUUAUCUGAUAGCGGACGAAUGCCACGAUCUCUGGGUAGGAAACCAGCGUGGAAACUACUACGGCAGAAGACAUGCUCGCUUAGAUCCAGAUAGAGAUCCUAAAUUUUGGAAGUUUUGUGUGGAUGAAAUCGGACACUAUGAUAUACCCGCUACCAUUGAUUACGUGUUAAAAAAUACUGGUGAAAAGAAGCUGAACUAUGUUGGCUUCUCCCAGGGUGCCGGGACUUUCCUUAUCAUGUGCUCAGAGAGACCUGGAUACUGUGACAAAGCAAAUAUCUUAAUAGGAUUAGCUCCUGCGGCGCGGCAGACGCACACCAGGUCAGUACCUUUCAGAGCAUUGACUGAGGGAAUCAGCAAGUUGGAAGGAGUCCUGUUUUCGACGGGCUUCCAUGAACUUUUUUACAAAGGUGCAAUCGAGCAAGAGUUCUUUUCUUUUCUGUGCAAGUUUAGAGCGACCUCUGAGGCCCUUUGCAAUGCGAUUAUAGCUGCGAUCGAUGCAUUUCAUCCGGGGUCCGUAGGCAAUGAAACAUUGCGAGUGUUGUACGGCCAUUUCCCGGCGGGCACGUCAACCCAUAACAUGGCACGAUACGGGCAGAGUAUGCAAUCGCGCAAGUUUCAGAAAUUCGACUACGGAAAAGAGAGAAAUCUUGAGAUUUACGGAGCUGAGCAGCCUGCAAGCUAUAACCUCACUGCAGUGACGGUCCCUGUUGUAGUUUUGUAUGGAAGAAACGAUCGUUUAGUUGACACCAGGGAUGUGUUUUGGUUGGUCAAGCGAUUGCCAAAUGUGUUGGAAGCAAGUGAAGUCGCUGACCCCUUGUGGAACCACCUCGAUGGGACGUACAGUCAGUUCAACAAACGACUUAUCUUUCCCCAAUUAAAUCAGUAUUUACUGCAGUACAGUGAAGUUUGAAUGAUGGAUUUUAAAUUUAAUGGUCUCGAUAAAUUGGUUAAAUGAAAGACAUUUGGCACACAGACAGCUGAUUAAAAUAUCGAUAAGUUUUUAAUGGAAGUAUACUUACUUAAUAUGUUUAUUUGAAGUAUAAUUUUCAUAGCAAAUCAAAACAGCAAAACUCUAUGGUUAUAUCUAAAGAAGUUUUUUUUUUAUAAGUUUAAUCGUUGAUUAUAUCGAGAUACUUAUCAAAUACACCUCUAUUCAUGUAAUCUUCGGAUAAAGACGUUUCACGGUCAGAACUAAUUGUAAAAGGGGAGUUUUGUUCGAUGUUCGAUAAAUAAUCAUUUGUUUACUUAUUAUUGGUUCAAUAUAUUGUACACUAAGGACAUAUUAUUUACAAAGGUCAACAUUACUUCCUCAGUCGGACGACAAAAUAAGACUUUGCCAUUGCCUUAAUAAAAAGAAAUAAUCAUUUAACCGAAUGUUUUUGAUUAC